UCACAGGGAGAGAAGAUGAUCUGCAGCAUCCUGCUGCUCAUCAUCCUGACCUCCUGUGUCUCUGGAACAUUUGUAGUGAAUGUGACCCAGACCUCCUAUCAGGCAGAGGAGAACCACCACAUCACACUGGAGUGGACCUUCACAACCAACCCUCACAGUUCCUACAACUCUCUUAAUAUCUUCUGUGAACUGUUAACUGUCCUCAAGAAUCCAGUCCUGUUUCAUCUCCAUGAAGGAGUUGAGGUCCCAGAGUCUCAGGAUAAACAGUUUGCAGGACGAGUCCAGUGUGACAAAGACGUCCUCAGAGAAGGACGACCCAGACUUCAUGUGUCCAGACUCAGGACUGAAGACUCAGGACUGUACCUGUAUGAUGUGCUCACAGAUUAUGGGAGUAACUCUGAUAGAUGUUUGCUCAAUGUCACUGCAGUGAGGGAUCGGCCUGAACCUGAGACACCAAACACAACAAGUCCACCAAACACAACAAGUCCACAACAACCAGAGAGUCGGGGCAGGAUCAGUCUUAAAUGUGGACUGACAACAUUUCUCCCAGCUCUCUGUGCUCUCCUCUUAGUCUUCAGUUUUUGUUUUACCAAAUCUACUAAUAAUAAAAGAAAUCACCUACAGUUUGCAGAUGUACGAAUGUCGAGUUUAUCAGAGAAAGGAGCCAUCAGGACUAACAGCACUCAGUCUUGAGGACUCUCUUUAAAUGAAUCAUCAGAGCAUAAAGUUA